AUUAUGUAUUUAAUAUUCUCGUGCGCAGAUCACAGAUCAGUCAUCAGACUCAUCACUAAUCAGUAAUCAGUAUGAAGGGAGAGAUAAAAAUAGGAAAAAAAAUAGAAAAGGGAAGAAGCGAAGAAAAUAAAGACAAAAAAGAAAGAGAGAGAGAGAGAAAAGGUAGAGCAAAUGGAUGACGAUCACAUGGACGCUUCCCAUGUGGCGACAAAACCACCGGUUUCCAUUACUGUAAUCUUCAUCGUCUCCUCCAACUCCUAAGCCGCUCCACAUCUACAUCUCCUAGGCCACCACGUCACACACACGAACUUCUACUCUCUCUCUCUCUCUCUCUCUCUCUCUUCUGAGUUCUGAACUUCUGAUUAUGUUAUGCGUGCCUGAUCUCGACAUCGUCGUCGAGAAUCCACCUGAAAAUGGCCGCCGGAAACAUCCACUUCCAUGACUUGCCGGAUGUGAUACUCUCCAACAUCUUCGCCCUGGUGGUCGACACUCGGACCCGAAACGCCAUGUCGCUGGUAUGCCGGAAAUGGUUAUUGCUGGAGCGGUCGACGCGCACCUCCAUCACCCUGCGAGGCAAGGUUCGCGACCUCUUCCUCAUUCCCACCAGCUUCAGGGCUGUCACCCACCUCGACCUUUCCUUGCUCUCGCCAUGGGGCCAAUCGCCCCUCGACUCCUCUCCACUCCUCGCCCAGCUCCUCCGCCAAGCCUUCCCACUUGUCACCUCCCUCACCCUCUACGCCCGUACGCCUUCCACUCUCCUCCUCCUCGCCCCUCAGUGGCCCUCCCUCCGUCACGUCAAGCUCGUUCGCUGGCAUCAGCGCUCCAGUAUCAUCCCUCCCGGAUCCGAUUUCCUUCCUCUGCUGGAGCACUGCUCUACCCUCACCUCUCUCGAUCUCUCCCACUUCUACUGCUGGACCGAAGACCUCCCCCCCGCCCUCCAGGCUCAUCCUUCCGUCGCCGCUUCCCUCUCCCGCCUCAAUCUUCUCACCCUCUCCACCGAGGGGUUCAAUUCGCAAGAACUUCUUGCCAUCACCCGCGCCUGCCCCAACCUCACUCACCUCCUCGCCGCCUGCGUCUUCGAUCCCAGGUUCAUGGAUUUCGUCGGGGACGAAGCCUUGCUGGCUCUUGCAUCUCACUGCCCCCGUCUCACCCUCCUCCACCUCGCCGAUUCAUCCUCCCUUUCCAAUGCCCGUCCCGACCUAGACGAUGAUGGGUUCCCUGCAGAAGAUGCGAGCAUCAGUCGAACAGCUCUUGAGGAGUUCUUUGCCGCCCUUCCCUUGCUUGAAGAACUGACCCUUGACGUUUGCCGCAAUGUCAUGGAUGCGGGGCCUGCGUUGGAGGUGCUGAAUUCGAGAUGCCCAGGUCUGAAAUCGCUGAAGCUAGGACAGUUCCAUGGAAUCUGCAAGGCCAUUGAAUCUGUGUUAGACGGCAUUGCACUCUGCAGUGGGCUGGAGUCUUUGUCCAUCAAGAACACCGGCGAUCUCACCGACUCUGGUUUGCUGGCCAUCUCCCGUGGCUGCCCAAAACUGGCCAAAUUCGAGGUUCAAGGUUGUAAUAACAUCACAGAGACGGGAAUGAGGAACUUGGCUGGCAUGCUCCGGAAAACGCUGGUUGAUGUGAACAUCUCCUGCUGCAAAAACCUCGAUGCUGCAUCCUCACUGAGAGCUCUGGUGCCAAUCCGGGACAGGAUCCGGCGGUUGCACAUAGAUUGUAUAUGGGACAGCCUACCGCAGUCCGAGAUUCCUAGCGAUAAGUCCGCCCCUCGACAUGCUUUCGACCUCAAUGAAUCUGCGGAGGAAGCCAGCACAUCCAAUUGCUCUGCUGCUGCUGGGUUCAUGAAUGAUAGUCCCAAGAAGAAGAAAUGCAGGUACGCCGUGAAUGAUAGUCCCAAGAAGAAGAAAUGUUGGUCUCGGCUGCAAUACCUCUCCCUUUGGAUCCCCGUUGGCGAGCUGUUGACUCCUCUGACUUUAGCUGGAUUAGACAGUUGCCCUGUUCUGGAGGAAAUCAGAAUUAAGGUGGAAGGUGACUGCAGGAAGCGGCCGAAACCAACAGAGCGUGCAUUCGGAUUGAGCUCCCUUGCGCGUUAUGCUCGACUGUUUAAGAUGCAUCUCGAUUGUGGAGAUGCAAUAGGUUAUGCGCUAACUGCUCCAACCGGGCACAUGGAUCUGAGUUUGUGGGAGAGGUUUUACUUGAAUGGAAUUGGUAAUCUGAACCUGAGUGAGCUUGACUACUGGCCACCACAGGACAGGGAUGUUAACCAGAGGAGCCUUUCCCUCCCUGCAGCAGGUUUGCUUCAACAGUGUUCCACCCUGAGGAAACUGUUUAUCCACGGGACUACCCAUGAACACUUCAUGACGUUUCUCCUCAACAUACCAAAUCUCAGAGAUAUGCAGCUGAGAGAAGACUACUAUCCAGCACCAGAAAAUGAUAUGAGCACAGAGAUGCGCGCAGAGUCGUGCAGUCGAUUCGAGGAUGCACUGAAUAGGCGCCAGAUUCCUGAUUGAGAUGAGAUGGGGUUGUAGACUUGGUUGGCAUCACACAAUUGCACAAGCUGGAAAUUUUGUUUUGCUUCUAUUUUUGCAUGGUUCAGCAAUGCGUAGAGAUUCGGCUUUGAAUAAACUUUUCUUGGGAAACAAUUUGACAGUGCGAUCAAAUCUCAACAAGUUAACAGAAGAGGGUGAUACUGGGAUGGUUUCCAGUCAUUAAUUUGACUACAGCGUGUAUUUAAGCUUGGCAUUUUCAGUCGCAUGGCAUUCAACAAACUCUUGGAAUUGGAGAGAUGAAAAAAAUUUACUUGUAACUCGAGAUGAUCAAUAAUUUGUUUUGUUUUGUUUUUGAAAAUAAUAAAAGCAUUGACUAUUUUUACAACUUAAGCUGACAAAAGUUGAAAACCUCUACA